AACUGAAUCCAAAUUCUACUAGUAUAUAUUUAAUCAAACAGUAUAAAGGUUUGAAUCCAAAUUCAUGUAACACGUCGCGUUCGGACAUAGGAGUAUUGAAUGUCGGGGGGGACGAUAAAAAAAACAAAAAACUUAUUACAGAAGACAAAUUUCUCUACGGCAGCAGUGAUUGAGCAAGAAGAGAGCAGCAGCGAGGUAAACUAGAUGGGCAAGCCAAGUUAGUGGGAAAGAGUAUUUUUUUAAGGUGAGGGAGGAGAGAGAGAAGAGAGAGAGAUGAAAAGUGGUGAAGAGACAGCCGAAAAAGGAGGAAUUUUGGGGGAAAAGUUGAGGAGGGUGGGGAAAAGAGGGGGACAGACAACUCCAGUAGCAUCAUUUUGGAGAUUUGAGCAAUUAAAACUCUUGGAAGAAGAAGCAGCUCCUCCCACUAAACAAUUGCAAGAUUGUGGCAGAGGAAACCCUUGUCAAAUUCCUUGUGUUUCUGCAAGAAAACUUGCUGCCACCCUUUGGGAACUGCAUCACCACAAGCAACAGCUUGAUCAAAUGCACCACGGCGGCGGCGGCGCCCCUCUUCCGCGGCUGCGCCGCCUCAAUCAGGAGCAGCUUUACAAGGACAAGAGUGGCCUUGAACCCCUUGAUCCUUCCCCUGGAUCACCUGACCUGCCAGGGAGUUCUAGCAGUUUGAGGAGGCAUGUCGCUGCAACAUUAAUGCAACACCAUCGGUCAACUGAGAGGAAUAACCGUGCUCUGCAACCUGUAUCACCUGCAAGUUAUGGCAGCUCCAUGGAGAUUGCGCCCUAUAACCCGGCGGUUACACCUACCAGCUCCAUCGAAUUCAAAGGUAGAGCUGGUGAGACGAGUUACAGCUUAAGAACGUCAACGGAGCUACUCAAAGUGUUAAACCGUAUCUGGAGCCUGGAAGAGCAGCAUGUGUCCAACAUGUCUCUCGUGAAAGCAUUAAAAAAGGAGUUAGAUCACGCCCGCUCUCAGAUCAAGGCGUUGGUGAGGGAGCAACAAGCUGAUCGGCGUGAAAUGGACGAGCUGAUGGAGCAGAUUGCAGAAGAUAAAGUAGCUAGGAAGAACAAGGAGCAAGAUAGAAUGAGUGCAGCUAUUCAGUCCAUGAGGGGCGAAUUGGAGGACGAGAGGAAGUUGAGGAAGCGGUCCGAGAGCUUGCACAGAAAGUUAGCCAGGGAGCUGUAUGAUGUGAAGACGACUCUCGCCAAACUCUAUAAAGAGCUGGAGUGCGAGAGGAGGUCACGUGAUCUCGUGGAAGACCUCUGUGAUGAGUUUGCCCUAGGAAUAAGAGGAUACGAGAAAGAAUUGCACGCUCUCAGGAAAACAUCCGAUAAAGAUUGGACUGAGAGAGCCGAUCACGACCAGUUGAUUCUUCACUUAUCUGAGACAUGGCUCGACGAGAGGAUGCAGAUGAAGCUAAAAAGUGGACAAGGCGUUGGACAGACGAAGUCUGUCGUGGACAAGCUGAGCUCCGAGAUUGAAGCUUUCAUACAGGCUAAAACAGUUAGCAACACCAACAUAAAUGCCAACCAUGUGGUGAAGGAUCUUACUCUCCGAAGAAGUUCUCUAGAGUCGAUCCCACUGAAUACAGCUGUUAGUGCUCCUCAAGACGAGGAGGACUCGGCAGGUAGUGAUUCCAAUUGUUUUGAGCUAGAAAGAAUGAAAGUGUCCACCCUAAAGUACCAAGAAAACGAGUACCAAAGAAAUCACGAAGAUGAAACCACGAAGGCAAAGCUAGCCAAGAAAAGGAACGUGUCAAGUCCAUCCGCUUUGCAGGUGAAGUAUGAAGAACAGAUGGCUCAAGGCGUAGCAGAGGGCGAAAACUCAAACCAGGUCGAAGAUGAUGCAGCAGAGCACGUCGUGAACGGAUAUGUCAAGCCGGGAGAAACUAGCAGCAAACCUGAAAACUGUGAAGUAGCAAAAGAGAGUUGUGGUGAUAACAAGUAUGAAUGUGAAGGAAUAAGUGGGAUGAAUUCAAAUCAGAUGAUUGAAAAUUUGAUCAGGAAUCACUAUAUGCUGUCAGAAAACGGGAUCAAGCAGCCAAAUAGUCAAGAUUACGGGGCUGCUGCUGCUGUGUGGAGGAGUCAACCAAGCCCCGUUCGCCACUGGACUGAGAAGCUACCAUCCCCUAAGUCUGAUCAUCAUCAUGCUUCUGAGUCAUCUGCCAAACUGCAUCCAGACUUGAAAGAGAACACUUUGAAGGCAAAGCUGUUCGAAGCAAGAACACGGGGCCAGCGCUCGCGUUUAAAAGCUUCGAUUUUCCCUUCAAGAAAGGAGUGAUUCUUGUUUUGUGAAUAUUUAGGCUGAGAUGUGUAUGGCGCUUUUGUUACUUCGUUUGCUUUUUCCUUUCUGGCAAUAUCAUCUGAAUGUGAUCGAGCAUUGCAUAGGUCUUUGAUGUACGAAUUUAUUUCUUUUUGUAUUAUUGUUCAAUAUAUAUAUAUAUAUAUAUAUAUAUAUAUAUAUAGAUUCUUAUUUCA